AUGCGCACGCCCACGGCGACAGUAGUAGACGGGUACUUGGAGCGGCGCGGGCGCCACCUGAAGAGCUGGCGACGCCGCUUCUUCGUGUUUGAGGACGGCAUGCUGCUGCACAAGAAGAGGGACGGCCCGGGCGCCAAGGUCCUCCACGAGGACCGCGUGUUCGACGUGCUCUACUGGAGCGGGCGCCCUCACGGCCUCUGCCUCAAGCUCCGAGGCGACCGCAUCGUGUACUUGACCGCGCGCUCAGAGGAAGACGCCGCGCGAUGGCACGACGCCAUCGAGAGCUACCUGAAUGAGCAGCGCUGCGUCGAGGACCUGCGGCGCGCGCUGUGUCGGGGUCGCCUGCCGUCCAUCCGCGAGUGCGAGUAA